UGGGGGCAAAAAUGCUGGCGUUUUUGCACAGAUGUGCUUACUUCUUAAAGUGCUGCCAGAGAGGAUUGGGACUGCUGCCUGAAAGCAAAGCCAAGGCAGGCUGCUUACAGUCCAGGACACUGGUGAUGGUGCUAGGGUUACUGAGACUGACUGCAGGCGCCAGUCUAACCCGCGGAAAGCUCUCUUACCCCGGCGCCUGUCCAAAUCAACUGAACCCCAACUUGUGGGUCGAUGCUCAAAGCACCUGCGAGAGGGAAUGCAACAUCGAUGAGGAUUGUCAGAGCUUUGAGAAGUGCUGUACGAAUGUGUGUGGCCUGAAGAGCUGUGUGGCAGCGAGGUUUGCAGAUGGCAGCUUAGCGUCCUUGGACUUACCCAAAGAGGCGACGUGUGAGAGGAUUGUGUGCACGCAGCAGGGCUCGGAGUGUGAUAUCUGGGAUGGACAGCCCAUCUGUAAGUGCAAAGACAGGUGUGAGAAGGAGCCCAAUUUCACCUGUGCCUCCGAUGGCCUGACCUACUAUAAUAAAUGUUACAUGGAUGCAGAGGCGUGCAUCAGGGGCAUCAGCUUGACAGUGGUGACUUGUCGGUAUCACAUCACUUGGCCCAACACCAGCCCACAGCCUUUAGAAACCACGGUGAACCCAACAUCAACCACCUCCUUGGAAGACUCCAUCCCUCCAGCUCUCUACACCAACCCCUUCCACCAGUCCGUCUAUAUCGGAGGCACGGUGAGCUUUCACUGCGAUGUCAGUGGGCGUCCAAGGCCGGACAUCACCUGGGAGAAGCAGAGUGACUACCUGGAAAACAUCAUCAUGAGACCUGAUCAAAUGUACGCCAAUGUGGUGGUCACCAAUAUUGGCCAACUGGUUAUUUACAACACCCAGCAAGAGGAUGCAGGUAUCUAUACGUGCACCGCAAGGAACGCUGCUGGCCUCCUGAGAGCAGACUUCCCAUUGUCAGUCAUCAGACGGGAACAUUCUGGAGAGAGCACUGCCAGGAAAAUCCAGCCUUUACCAUCUGGAGAGUGCUUCAAAGAUCCAGACAAGAGGGAAUGUGGCCGUCAAUAUGUCAGGUGGUUUUAUGACCACAAGAAGGGCAGGUGCUCCACAUUCCUGUUUGGAGGCUGUGAGGGGAGCAAGAACCAGUUUGAGACCUACGAAGAGUGCCGAUUGGCUUGUAUCAACGAGUCAGUCAAUAUCUGUACCUUUCCUGCUGUGCAGGGUCCUUGCAAGAUGUGGGAGGCUCGGUGGGCCUACAACUCGCUGAUGAAGCAGUGCCACGCUUUCGUCUACGGUGGCUGCGAGGGCAACAAGAAUAACUUUGAGAGCAAGGAAGUGUGUGAGGAGACCUGCCCGUUCCCGAAAAGCCAGCAGUGCAAAGUGUGCAGACCCCGUCACAAGAUCGUGCCCAGCUUCUGCAGAAGUGACUAUGCCAUUGUGGGAAGGGUGACGGAAAUUGUCGAGGAACAGGACUCUGGAGUUGCCAGAUUUACACUGGACGAGGUGCUCAAGGACGAGAAAAUGGGACUAAAGUUUUUUGAUUUCAAACAUUUGGAAGUGAUAAUGAUCAACAUGGACUGGAACUGCCCUUGUCCAAACAUUAACCUGACAGACGGACCCCUCCUUAUAAUGGGUGAUGUCUAUGAUGGAAUGGCUGUGCUGGAUGCUGAGAGCUAUGUGCGGACUGUAACUGACAAACGCAUUAAAAAGAUGUACGAAAUCAUUGGGAAAAAGACCUGCGAACUCCUACACCGCUUUCAAGACUGACCCGCAGACAUUGCAAUGUCAUGACGUAUUCUUUAUUAUAUCUUGUUAUACUUAGAAUCGAAUGGAAGAUGUUGGUAAAUGUUUUGCAAUUUUAUUUAUAUUUCAUGCAGUCUACAGUUACUUUAUUUCCUGUCAUGCUUUGAUCACACGUCACAGGUGUAGCAUUUAUUGGUCAAGACUUCAGGCUAACAGCUGAUUCCUAAAUUAGUUUCACACAUGGUAUUGGCAAAAACUAAUCUGUCCAUUAGUGCCAGGCUGUGCACAAGGGACCCAUUGCCCUGUUGCGUUUCCUUGCUGUCUCUGUGAUAAUGCAUCAACUUUCCCUGCCAGGAGCCCAGAUGGCAUAGUUAAAUCCUGCCGUGUUGAGACGUCCCACUGGUUCCAUACACCGUCUUGCCAAGUGUGAUGCUGCCCAUAAUUCAUUGGAAUUUUGCCAACUUGGCACUUUGACCUAAUUUUACUGUGAAUUCCCGUUUGACUGAUUCGUUGUUAUCACCAACCAGAAUACUUCCCUACAAUUUGGCCAACAAGCCUUGGUAGUCUUAGAAUUGCUUCUACUCAUGUCACUUCAUUGGAUGUGGAUCUGUCCAUGUUGCUUUUGCUACUAUCUUUUGUGUUAUUAUCACUAGUGUUAGCUAUGGCAUUCCAGCAGCUUAAGUCGCUGAGUAGCAAUCAAAAUGAACGAAGAUUAGUUUCAGUUUCCACUCUCAGGAUUACUGAGGGCAAAAUGUAGUGCCUCAGUUACUGCCUAAUCAACUUAUUUAACUCAGAACUUAGAUCAAACAAGCAUUGCACAGGUUCUUUUAGCUUUUAUCCAAGUCUAUGUAAAAAUUCUGAAAUUGUUGACUGUUCUUGGGCUGAAUGUAGUGUUUGUACACAAUUGUGAAUUUAAUUAGAAUUAAUUGUUAAGCAUUUUACAACAGGGCAUAAUGCAUUUUUUUGUACAUUUGA